AUGGGUGGUCCACUGUACCUGGUAUUCUACCUGCUUGCAUCGGAAUUGUAUUGUCGGAGUGGAGCACAUUCUGAUUACUACAGAGCUGCUCUGCGGUAUCUUGGUUGCACUGAUAGUGAAGGCUUGGACAAUGAAACUAGGUGCAAACAGGCAUUUUACCUUGGUUUGGCUGCUCUUCUGGGUGAAGGGAUUUAUAACUUUGGAGAGCUUCUUGCACAUCCAAUACUAGAAACACUCAAGGGAAGUUCGUCAGAAUGGCUACUGGAGUUGCUUCUGGUUUUCAACCAAGGAAAUAUUCGUAAGUUUGAGUCCAUGAGGCCACAGUGGAGCACCCAGCUUGACUUAGUCACCAAAGAAAAUCAGCUGCGGGAGAAAAUUCGUCUUCUGUGUUUGAUGGAGAUGACAUUCCAACGCAAAGCAUGGGACCGCCAGUUAACAUUUGCAGAAAUUGCCAAGGAAACUGGACUGCUAGAAAACCAGGUCGAAGUCAUGGUCAUGCGUGCUCUGUCACUUGGCCUUGUUCGUGGCACUAUUGAUCAGGUUGAUAACAAAGUCAACAUUACCUGGGUACAACCUAGAGUCUUGGACAAAAAACAGUUGGCGUUGAUGAUGGAGAGGCUGACCGAAUGGUGCAAGGAUGUCAAUAGUAUGCAAAACUUGCUGCAGGAGCAGGCAAGCAGUAUUCUUACUUUAUAAUUAGAUUUUGGUUGCAUACUUGACUUGGGGUGAAGAAGUCGCGAGUAGUUGUGAAUGUGAAAGGAAAACAGUACAAUUAUAAAGAAAAUAUAUUAAUCUCUUUGGGUGAUUUGUUAUAUGAAUAUUUAUGUAUCUACUUCAGUUAAUGCUUUUUGUACUUUUAAAGAAAAUUGUUGUAGGGUUAGGUAACCCUUCUUCUUUCGGCAAGGGCUCCGUGCUGUAUCCUCACUAAAAGGAAAUAAUUUAAUUCUCGACUGUAAACUGUAAAGUAUGAGUGUAUUUAAAGUUAAGCUUAUAUUAACAUUUUGUAAAGAAAUUAAUAAAGGAGGAAAAAUUC